AUGGGCAUGACGCUGAAAUGGCACGGUCGUGGCAUAUCCACUUAUAAAAAACACAUCUUCUCACGCCAUCUCUCCACCCACCAACCCAAUCCAACAACUCACCACUACACACCUCUCAACAUUCUAACUAAUCCCACUAUACAAGACUUCCGUAACAAAUACUUCCACCCCGAAAAACCCACUAUCCUGCACUCCUCAUCACUCCGCAAUCUCCCCGCACGCAGAAACUGGUUCGUUAAGUCCACCCCCUCUACACCCGCCUGUUUUACCCUGAACCACGCCUACUUCGAGAAUUGCACCGAUACACUGGUCCCAUUAGAAUUAACGACAUCUACGCAUGACCAAUUUCAGCGGUUUGAUGCUCCACUCGCAGUAUUCCUAGACUGGAUUCGCUCUUCCCUUUCCCCUUCAUCAUCACAACCCUUCAGCCUCUAUCUAGCUCAAUGCCAAGUCUCCAACCUCCCUGCCCCCCUGCCCCAAGAUCUCCCUACGCCGGAUAUAGUCCUACAUGCCGGUAGAGGCGAUGUAUACGAUACGAACAUCUGGAUCGGCCUGCCACCGACAUACACCCCGCUGCAUAGAGACCCGAAUCCGAAUCUGUUUCUGCAGCUGGCGGGCACGAAACAUGUGCGUCUGCUGGCGCCGGAAGAAGGGCUCAAGGUGUUUUCGAGAGUGAGAGGUGCGUUGGGGAGGGAUGCAGGGAGGGGCGCGGUUGUGUUCAGGGGCGAGGAGAUGAUGAAAGGCCGGGAGAAGGAGAUGCUUGAGGAUGCGGUGUGGGGUGGGCGAGUUGUUUCGGGGGGAGGGGAUAAGGAAGGCGGUUGGGAUGGUGUGGGUUAUGAGGCUGUUUUGAAGGGUGGCGAGGCGUUGUUUAUUCCGAAAGGAUGGUGGCAUAGUAUUAAGGGGGUGGGUGAGGGGGUUACUGCUUCGGUGAAUUGGUGGUUUAGAUGA